UGUGUGUGUUUGUGUGUCCUAACAGAGCAGGCAGACCAUCAGUGGAGUGGACCCAGAGGCUGUGGAUAUGGUUCGUGGACUCUCCAAACGGUAAGGGAGAGAUCAUCACCCUGCUCCUCUGUUCAAGGCAAACAAAGCUGACAAAAAGAGGAGAUCUUUACGCGCGCGAGAAUAUGAACAAAGUCGAAGCAUCAUGUCGACCCGCCGCGUCUCUGAAAUUCACCAUUGACAACAUCCUGAACUUAAAGAGAACCGGAACCAGCUGCGGGAGUUCUCGUCCCGCCGGGGAGCAGGAUGAGGAGGCCACGGCGACCGACGGUGUCCAGAGCUACAGGGGGGAGAGGAGACCCCCAGAGAGGCCGGAGCCCGGCACCAGGCUCAGCCAAACAGAGCUGAUGACGAACUGCAGCGGAGCCGCAGAGCCGGUGAUCAUCGGCCGCGGGAAGCGGCGGGACGCGGCGGAGACGCGCUUCGACAGCGGAGACAGCAGCUGCGACGACGCCGGCUCGCCCGCCGCAGCCUCGGACCCCCGCAACGACGGGAGCCCCGCCAAGAAGAGCAAAGCGGUCACGAAAAAGAAGACGCGCACCAUUUUCUCCAAGAGACAGAUCUUCCAGCUGGAGUCCACCUUCGACAUGAAACGGUACCUGAGCAGCGCAGAGCGCGCGUGCCUCGCCAGCUCCCUGCAGCUCACAGAGACCCAGGUCAAAAUCUGGUUCCAGAACCGACGGAAUAAGUUGAAACGACAGAUCUCCACAGAAAUGGACGGACCGGUUAGUGACUUUUCUGAGAGCGGGAAGGCCGUGGCGGUGGGGCAGCUGCCGGCCUUGUACAAGGAGAGCAACCUGCUGGGCAGAUGCCUGGUGCCCGUGCCGCUGCCGGUGGUGUACCCGGGGGGCGGCGCGCCUUACCUCUGCUUCUCCAGCGCCAGCAAGUACUUCAGCCUGUACGAGGGGGACGUAUGAUGCUCCGAACCUUUGGGGGACACUUUUGAUGAUUUGUUGCCAAGUUUUGAGCAUUUAAAAUGUUGUUUGAUGGCGCAGCCAGACGUUUUUUAUGAAGACUGCAGAAACUUUGGCAGAGAAAGAACUUCCUUUUCCUAACAGGCAAACUCAGUUUUAUUUAUUUUCAUUUCAAGUUAUGGGUUUUAAGUAGGCCGGACAUUAAACCUAUGGUUACACCUUUUGUAGAAAACAGGCACAAAUGAAACCACAGGAAGGCCUCAAACAUCAUUUACAUGUUUACCUUAUUUCUAGCAUUUUAAUAUUAUUUUAUCUUGAACAUCAGCCUAAGCCACCAAAGAAAUUACCAUAGCCUAUCUGCAUGCUUUUCUGUAUCAUUUUUAUCAUUGUAAUUAUGUAUUUAAAUGAAUGUAAUUAACAUUUAUUUUUGUUUCACGCAUGUUUUAUUUUGAGUAUCUUACUUUUCUUAUUCCACUUUGCCAAGAGGCACAUUACACCUUUUACUCAAACUGUAAUUAAAACAGCUUUUAAAAAGGCUUUUACAGAAUUGAUUCAGUAUUUUUGAGAAAAAAAUAAAAGUUUCUCAGAAAAUUUCUUUUUAUUACACUAAAUGACAAAUGGACUCAGUGUAUGUUUUUGUUUUUAUUUUUUAAAUACAAGUCCUGAUAGCUUGUGUUAGUUGCAGCUUGUUGCAUCCUUUUAAAAACACAGGAGAUACCAACAAAUCUAUGAACAGGUAAUAGAGACCUGAAAAAAAUAUUUUGAGAGAUAGUUAGAAAAAGUUUGAGUGGCAGAAAAAUCUCAUAAGGGCUCCUUUGUCAUGCCUGCAACGCUCCAGGCCUCAGAAACAGCCUAGUAAAACUCAGUGUUCUGAAUUAUGAUCAAAAACACAUUUUUUGUAUAAAAAGUAACACAUUUUUUGUAUAAAAAGUGUAAAGUUUGAUCCGAUUUCUAAAGUCUUUGAGGCUAAACAAUCUGAAGAUAAUUUAUUCUGGUAUACAUUGAUCCAAUCUAGGAAAAACAUGAACAGAUCAGUGAUUAAUUGUAAUAAAAGUUUAAAUAUUCUAACGAAACACUAUUUUAUCUCAGGGAAAAUACUGUUACUUAAAAGUAAAUUUAAAAGUGUCAAAUUUCACAUUAAUGCCAAGAUGGUUCCACAUUAAGACAAGAGAUGAGACUCAUUUCCUCCUAAACUUCUCUGUAAAUGCGUCUGGAUGCAGCAAUUAUCUCUGCAUGUAUGAAUAAUGCAACAUGCCAGAAGAGCAAUGUGAGAUUAAUUCUUUACCUGCGCUUAGGAAAUGAGUAUUAUGGGAAAUACUCAUUCAUGCAGGGAGCGGCUGGCCGACGCAGACACGAGGUUUGACUCAGAGGAGAAAGUAUUUAAAUCACCCUGCUCAGUGGUCAGUCUUUAUCCUAAAACCACAGAAUCAGCACGAACUCAACAUCAAACUAAACAAGUCUUUAUAUGUAACAUGACAAAACAUCUCUUCACAUUAUCUGGUUUGUGUAACAAUAAAUUAUUAGAGGAAUGAUUUGUAUUGUAUAGGCAAAUUAAGUCAAUUUGACUGCUAAUUUUGUAAGUAAAAAAUACUCUAUCAA